CAGUGUUUUAAAUAGUAAGAUAUGAUCCAGCGUAGCCAGCUACGGACCGUGUGUUAACGUGAUCAGUGCUGAUCAGAAACUUAGUAACGUGAACGUUGGGGAAGGGGCCUGCCGGCCGAUGCGUCAGGAAUGGUGGUUUCUCGGCGAGCAGCAGUAACGCAGAGUUACAUUUAUUCAAUCACUAGAGAUCUCUGCAGGAUCGCGAAGAGCGCAGUUUGUGGCUGACGGGCAGGCGGCAGCCGGGGUCCUGUUACCGAGACGCGGGCGCCCUGGCGGAAACGACAUAAGCCAGCUCUCAUAUACAGACUUUACGGUGAUGCUAGAGCAGUGAUGGAAGCCAUGGCAGUGAGCACCUCGGCAUCCAGCCCGGACGAGUUUGACCGCAACGUGCCGCGCGUCUGCGGAGUCUGUGGGGACAAGGCCACCGGCUUCCACUUCAAUGCCAUGACCUGUGAGGGCUGCAAAGGCUUCUUCAGGCGCAGCAUGAAGCGCAAGGCCACCUUCACCUGUCCCUUCAGUGGCAGCUGCACCAUCACCAAGGACAACCGCCGGCACUGCCAGGCCUGCCGCCUCAAACGCUGUCUGGACAUCGGCAUGAUGAAAGAGUUCAUCUUGACGGACGAGGAGGUGCAGCGUAAAAAGGAGCUGAUCCUGAAGCGGAAGGAGGAGGAGGCCCUGAGGGAGGCGCAGCGGCCCCGGCUGAGCGCGGAACAGAACCAUGUCAUUGCCACCCUGGUGGAGGCACAUCACAAGACCUACGACGACUCGUACUCCGACUUCUCCCGCUUCCGGCCCCCGGUGAGGGAGGGCCCAGUCACGCGCAGUGCGAGCCGUGCCGCCUCGCUCCACUCGCUCACCGAUGUCUCCUCGGACUCCUUAGGCCACUCACCAGAGUCCAUGGACCCGAAGAUGAACUUCGCCAGUCUUCUGAUGAUGUACCAGGAGAGCAACAGCAGCCCUCAGAACAGAGAGGAAGACAGCCAGCACCUGUCCAUGCUGCCCCACCUGGCUGACCUGGUCAGCUACAGUAUCCAGAAGGUCAUCGGCUUUGCCAAGAUGAUCCCGGGGUUCAGAGAGCUGACUGCAGAGGACCAAAUUGCGCUGCUCAAAUCCAGUGCCAUUGAGAUCAUCAUGCUGCGCUCCAACCAGUCCUUCAACCUGGAGGACAUGUCCUGGAGCUGCGGGGGCCCUGACUUCAAGUACUGCAUUAACGACGUCACCAAAGCUGGACACACUAUGGAGCUGCUGGAGCCACUGGUCAAGUUUCAGGUUGGGCUAAAAAAGCUGAACCUCCACGAGGCUGAGCACGUUCUGCUGAUGGCCAUCUGCCUCCUGUCCCCCGACCGGCCCGGCGUGCAGGACCAUGCCCGUGUGGAGUCCCUUCAGGACCGCCUCUCGGAGGUGCUGCAGGCCUACAUCCGCGUGCAUCACCCCGGCGGCCAGCUGCUCUACGCCAAGAUGAUCCAGAAGCUGGCGGACCUGCGGAGCCUGAAUGAGGAGCACUCCAAGCAGUACCGCUCGCUGUCCUUCCAGCCCGAGCACAGCAUGCAGCUCACGCCACUCGUGCUCGAGGUCUUCGGCAACGAGGUCUCCUAGUGGCUGGCUGAGGGAGUGCUGAGGAGUGGACAGGCUGGGGACCAGGCGGUCAGUGGUGGUACCCAUAUAGUGAAGAAGGGACUGCAGGCAGAUUUAAUUAUACACAUAUACACACACACACACACACACUCACUCUAUUAGGGGAGCAAUACUCGCAUGGGUUGCCUUUUGGGGGAAUGACCCCAGGUAAACUGGUGCAAACGCACACUCACGCCUACUAUAAAUAGGGCACGGUCAUGCCGUCUGUGUCCCGUGUUUGUGUAAGGAGAUAUUUCACGACCGCUGUUGGGGGGGGGGGGGGCGCAGUGUUACAAACAGCCCCACAUACAGCUUUGCCAAGUGCCCUCUUACCCAGAUUUCCCAAAUGGAAGCCUCUGGUUCUGGCUAUGCCCCCCCCCCCCAAAAGCUGUUGCCCAGUUCCUGGUCAGAUUGCCCCUAAUAGGACAGAAAACAAAACUGCCUCUGUAUUACUUUAAUUGGCCGAGGGACAAAUGGGGGCCGGGUUUAAUUGCCCUGCUUCCUCAUAGGGCUGAAUCGAGCAUUGCUAAGUGCCUGCACCUCGCGCCUGGUGACCCAGCUGUACUUCUGCGGCUCCCCCAGCCCAGGAUGUGUGACUGCAGCAGGGUCACUGCUUUGUGGGCGGGGCUUUGGCAGGAAGUGCAGCUGCUCACAUGCAUUCAUUACAUUUCCUCUGUAUUGCAUAGCUUACCACACACUAAGCUUUACAGUGCUGUUCAGCAUCGAUUGUACCAACAGCCUUUUCCCUGUCUGUGCAGUUUUUUUUUUUUUGUAAUGUCUCCCCUAUCAGAUACUGAUUUAAAUGAUUCAGUGCCAAAAAGACUUGUGGUACCAUGUUAGUAAUAAGCUGAUCCUAUGCUGCCAUUUACUGCUGCCCUCUAGUGGUUACAUGUUGUAAAUAUUUUUUUUUUUCUGUACAUAAGUAUGGCGAAGUAGCUCUACUACUACUAAUUAAAGUGUUAAGUAUAUUCUGAAAAUAUAUGCAAAUGUAUGGGGAAUUCUAUUUUUUUUCUUGAAAUAACAUAUUUCUUAAGCAGGUAUAUCUAGCUGCCUUUUUAGGUGGGAUUGUGUUGUCUAGGAUGGUUUAUUCUGUGCAGAUUCUGUAACAGUUUAUUUUGUGGUGGGGGGCGUGGCAUUGAACUGUUGCUCUGAAUGUGUAUUUCUAAUGGAAGAUGGGAGAAAAAUUUACACUAAACAUAAUGCUGCUGUCUAAUGAAAGCCAUAGAUCUGUACGUUUGGGACUAGAUGUGCUGUGACUGUGCUGUUCUUGUACUGAUUCCAUACAGCUGAAGCGGAGAGCUGUAGAAUCGGCCCAGGCUGUGUGUGUGUGAUGCCUUUAUAUUUGAGGAUGCAUAGGCAGGGGGGCGGGGUGACUGGGCCAGCUUACCUGUGGUUCCUCUAUGUAUGGGCAUAUGUACGAUAUGUAUGCACACGUCUGCAUGCUCACCCUGUGUUCAGGGUGCUUUUCGUGCAGCUGUCCAGCAGCGCCACAUAAAGGCGUACCUGGUGUCAUGCUGGAUGUCGCGUGUUAGAGGAGCGUGCAGCCUGACACUUGGGUGCCCCCUGCAAGGCAUACAGACAAGCUGCAAUGCUGGGCUCCAUCAAGAGAAUGAGCAUUCUGGCAUUCACUCACUCACCCCUGGGGGCCCCAGACUGAGGAAUGUGACCUUUGUGGGUGGGCUUUGGUGGCCUCUGCCGGUCCUAUCCCAGGAAUGGCCAGCUCCGGUGCCCAACGUAUAGUAGCGUCAUUGGCUGAAUAGUCUCACAUCAGUCUGCUUAAAAUGCUGUCCGGGGGCCAUUUUAAGUGUUUUUCCUACAGCUGCACGGACAUGCAUCGUUUUGCCAUGACUACCCCUGUCUGGGCACUGGGCAGGCUCCGGCGGCUCAGUGGGUGGAGCUGAAGUCAGCUGGGGCGGGGCCAGGCUCUCCUCCUCCUCCUAUUGGCUGUUUGGUCAUCAGCUUCCCUGCUUUUUCCAGCACAGAGAUGCCGAAGGAAGGGCCUCGUGCAUUAUCCACAGCUGCAGAUACUUCAAUCCAAAGCUCUCCACAACUCUGCUUUUUUUCAAUAUUUUUAUAAUUAAGCUGGAAACUUUGACCGUAGCGCCUCAGGCUGGGUGACUCCCCCUAGGGGUCCCCGGCUCUAAAUCAGCUGGCCUUUUCGGCUGCAUCGUCACCCCCACAGAAGCUGCUUGCUUGUGGCCAUUUCCUGACAGGAAGGAGUCAGAGUAAAUAGCCAAUCACAGUAAGGCAGACUGUGACACUAAGACUGGCUUCCUGUGUAGAAGUCCUACUUGUACCAGGAAGUGCAUUCAAAAGGUCUGAUUUGUAACACAUUUCCAGGCUGCCCUCUCACAAAGUGACGUCCUUCCCUGCCCUUUUAGCUGGACCUUCUGUGUCCUGUUCCAUUUUGGCGAUCUCACAUGAUUUCCUGUGAUACGCGACACAAGUUGAAAACUUUUUUUAUUAUUAUUAUUUUUUUUUAACAAGAGUGUUAGGGGAGCUGUGACUAAGACAAACUACCUCUGUGAUCCACAUAAGUAUCCUCACACAAAGGCUUAUAAUAAUAAUAAUAAUAAUAAUAAUAAUAAUUAUUAUUAUUAUUAUUAUUAUUCAUCUUCAUUCUAUAUUGUUUACCUCAGAGUUGUUCGCUGCAGUGUGCCCACAGUGCUGUGUAAGGUGAUGCAAUGACUCUAUCUGUCCUACUUCGCUUGUAGGAAGUGUGACAUCUCCCUUAGAACGGUGCGUAGGGAUGGAUAGUUAAGAGAGGCAGAAAUGAGGCCCAAUCCCCCCCCUCCCCCAUGCACACUGUCUGUAAUAGUCAUGUGUAGCUGCUGGCCUGAACAGCUGUGUUUUGUAGUUUUGUGUGGGUGGCUGGUGGAUCCCAAGCUUAGUACAUAAUUGUUUAUGUAGCGUGUGUGAAGUCACAUACCUUGAGUCACACUCUUGAGUUUUAUACUUGAGCGGGUUUUUAUGAAUAGUCUGACUAGCACAUUGGUCUUUUCAUUACGUCUCUGCAAGACAGGUGGCGCCACUGCGAAGGAAAGGAAGGGUAUUGUGUGCCCGCCUGCCAGUGCAGUGCCCGGCUGAUUAUAUACCCUCAUCUGUCUAUAAGCAGUGACACGAUUCUGCUUUACAUGCCAGUUCCUGCUCAUCGGGUGGCACUAAUGCAUUGAUUUAGUGAUUUUAACUUAGAUCCCCGGGCAAAAUUGUAUGAUCAUGAUUUUCUACUGAAACAGAAUUAUUUGGUGUUUUUCUUAGAUUCAUUUCCACAUUAUUCUUGUUCAGAUUCCUCCAAAGCAGGGAGUGCUUGUACAGUUACGUGUUCUUGGGGAACCAGUUACGGUAAUUCUCAGAACCUCCUCAUUGAGCAGUUUUAUGUUCGCUGCAGACUGGCAGUCUGAACCCAAAGACGGUCACCACACGUCCACAGACAGAUACUGACACACACCAACAUUCAUGCCUCACAGGCAGACAUUCGGGAGACAGGAGAGAGGCAGGUGAGAGCUGAUAGUUCCUUUGUAAAUAUGUAUGCUAUUUAAAUGCUUUUGCAUCGCUGCUGGUCUCCUGUUUCUCCUAUAAAGCUGAAUUAAAUUGUAACGGACUGACACUGUGCCUGUUUUUAGAGCAAGCAGGUCUCUGCCCAUCUGCUCUUGUAUGUUUUUGACACUGGCCCUUACAUCUACAGUGUCCUGUUAUGUUGCUUUGUCACACGGGUUCUGACCUUGUGUGUGCAGCAUGAAUGUUUGCUAGCUUUCCUACCUCUGUGUGCCUCAGAGUGACGGCAGGAUCUGAUGCCAAGCAAAGGCAUCCAUCCGUGAGUUUGCUGGCGAGGGUUCCCUCACUGUGCGAUGGGUGGGGGAAGCCCUUGGACCUUUUGUGUGAGUGUGGGUGUACAGCUAUUUGAUGCAGAUGCAUAGGAGAUGUGCAUUCCCAUGGAAUGUCUUUUUUUUUUUUUUGGGGGGGGGGUCCUGGUUGGUUGGUUGGAUUGAAAUGUCAGAAGUGAAUGCCUUAAUGAAAUGCCCAACAGGCAUUCAGCCAACGAUGCUGGACUGUCCACAGCGGAGGGCCGUGCCGCCCACGAGGGGCCGCUGAUCCGAUUAACUCUGACAGCGGGGGGCUUUUGUCACGGCCGGUUAAAGACCCCCACCUCUCCAGUGCCAGGGCUGCAUCUGUUGGUCAUGCCUUGUCGCCUUGUUAUGUCUGUGUGUGAGUGACUCUUUUUUUGGACCGGGACACCAAGUAUAUUCUGGCCAUGCUGAUAAAUAUCAAUAAAAUUUGCUAUUGACGUAACAUGGACCUCUUACUGUAUUCAGUGCUGGCUGUAUACGCCUAAUAUUAUUACUGUUCUUGUUCUUUUAGCUGUUUUUAAUGUUUUGUGCUGUUUUUUGUCAUCUUUGUAAUUGGUCUAAUCGAUAGUAUCAUUGCAAUGCCCUCUGUACACUUACAGUCUUUCUGUUAUCCGGAAAACUUGAUUGUAAGCUGAUUGUGUGCAGCAUGUAUAGAAUGUGAAAUGACUCCCAAAUCAAGCCGCUGUACAUACUGUGGCAGUAUCUCUGUGCGCUGUUUUCUUUUUUUUUUUUUCUUCAGUUUCACAAUCCCUAAAGGAAAGAGAGGCAGAGUUUCAUGGGUGAAAGCUGUGUAAAUUCUCAGUCUGUAUUUCACUGUUAUGUCAACAAGUGCUUGCUGGUCUCUUCGUGACAUUCUCUGCCUUACUUUAGUAUCCUGAUCUGCAUGAUGGUAAAACUGAAAUUAAACAAUAAAAAAACAUAGUUACAGA